GAUCGUGGACACGCGAUGAAAUCCGCGGUGGUUGCUCGGCUCUUCCUGAUGCUGCCCUGGCUGCUCGUUAUCCUGGUCGUGGUGGAUAUCGAGCCAGGGAGACUCUCUGUCCGGAGCCCUAUACCCCCAGGUCAGCUGAGCAGGACUCUUAAACCAGACUCCCUCUCCAACCAGUCCAUCCCCACUAUCUAUGCCAUUACGCCGACCUACAGCAGACCGGUGCAGAAAGCUGAGCUGACCAGACUGGCCAAUACUUUCCGCCAGCUGCCCCAUUUCCAUUGGGUACUGGUGGAGGACUCCGCUUUCCGCAGCCGCUUGGUCACCGAGCUGCUGGCCCACUCGGGAGUACUGUCCUACACUCAACUCCAUGUGCCAACCCCCCGGAGGUACAAGCGCCCAGGGCUGCCCCGAGCCACCGAGCAAAGGAACGAGGGACUGCGCUGGGUCCGCCGCAACAGGUCCCUCCGCAACUCCGGGGUCGUCUUCUUUGCGGAUGAUGAUAACACCUAUAGCCUCGAACUGUUCCAGGAGAUGCGACUGACCUAUAAAGUGUCUGUAUGGCCGGUUGGAUUGGUUGGUGGACGACGUUAUGAACGCCCAAUAGUGAAAGAAGGGCAUGUUGUCGGCUGGUACACAGGUUGGAGACCAGACAGACCCUUCGCCAUUGACAUGGCAGGAUUUGCCGUGAAUCUGAAAGUUAUUCUAUCACAUCCUGAAGCUGUGUUCAAGCGGGUUGGAUCACAGCCAGGAAUGCAGGAAUCAGACUUUCUGAAACAGAUUACAACAGUCCAAGAACUUGAGCCAAAAGCUGCUAACUGCACCAAGGUGCUUGUUUGGCACACACGGACCGAGAAGGCAAACCUUGUAUAUGAACCCAAGCACAACCAGGAUGUAAUUCACAUUGAAGUCUAGAAAUCACUGGUCUGAGCCUAUCAAGAUUCAUGUGGACAAGGGAGCCCAACAGGUGCUCUGUAAAAAUUGAGUCUGAACAGUCUACAAGAAGCUGUGACAGCAGCAGGAAGAAACUAUUCACAUCGGACAUUUUCCAAGGGAAACAGUUCACAGAGCUGCAAAAGUUUACAAAAGCUUCAUUUUUUUCCAUCUACAAAGUUCUUAGCAUGAAAUUCAUUCAAUAAAAGAUGUGCUGCAGACAAAUGAAAGUUCCAGAUGUGUAGCGGAAUCAUUUUUACACAUGUAUACUUCAUAUUUUCCAUUACUUUAAACAUUGAUAUCACAAGUUCUUGUGGAAGAGACAUGGUUUUUCAACACUAUAAUCCCAGUAGUUAACAGAGAAACUGAAUGCAGCACAGUUCUGUGAAUACGCAUGGACAAGCUAAAACCACACUCUCAAUGGCACUAAACAU